GGAACAUGUCUUCAAGGAAAUAAGCUGACUGGGACCCAUUUUGGAUUCAAACAUGGACUGAUCAUAUGUCUCCGCUAAAAUAACUUGCUGGACAGAAAAUGAUCCCCACACACCUCACACCCAUUAACAGAUGAAAUAUGUGCUGACUGAGAAGUAAGCUGCCCCAAGCCUGCCCUGAGGAGUGUGUGCUUGGAGGUGUGUGCUUCUUCACCGCUACUUCUCCAGCUUGAACACACACCUUGGCAGGAUGUCUGUGAAAGAUCGACAGCGUCCGUGGUCUGUGUACAGAGCUUCCACGCUGGACAUCUCCUCUGAGAUGCUUGGCCUGGCACUUGCUGGAAACAGUCAGGACCCAGAUGAGCCCGUGUUGGAGUUUAGCCUCGCCUGCAGUGAGCUGACUACACCGUGUUUGGACCGUAAACCCAACAGCUUUGUGGCUGUGAGCUGUACAACUCCACCUCAAGCCUUCUGGACCAAGCAUGCACAGACGGAGAUCAUCGAGGGCACAAUGAACCCUAACUUCUUAAGCAGUGUGGCCUUCUUCCAGGAUUCCUACAUCAAUCAGCAGACACAGAUCAAACUCUCUGUGUACGAUGUGAAGGACCGCUCACAGGGCACGAUGUAUUUAUUAGGCUCAGCGAUGUUCACAGUGAAAGAACUACUGCAGGACAAGAGCUACACACUCCACCUGCCUCUAAGUUCGGCAGAGAACAUGCACGUGGGGGAUAUCACAGUUAUCGCCUGGCAGCUGGAGGAGAAGAGAGAGCAGCGGGCACCACUAACCCAUCUACCAGACACCAUUAACGGCAGGACAGUCCUCGCUGUCGAUGAGAGUCUGACAGAAUCAAUAGGAAUCCGAGCCAAAUAUGCCUCUUUAAGUAAAGACACCCUCCUGCGAUCAGUGUUUGGAGGAACCAUGUCUCGUAUGUACCGCUUCCCCACCACUGACGGGAAUCACUUACGCAUUCUGGAGCAGAUGGCUGAGAGUGUGCUGUCUCUCAACGUCCCACGACAGUUUGUUAAACUACUGCUGGAAGAGGACUCUGCCAGAGUAUAUGAGCUGGAAGAGUUGGGGGAAUUAUCCCCAUGUUGGGAGAAUCUCCGGCGGCAGAUCGUAACACAGUACCAGAGCGUUAUUCUCACCUAUCAGGAGAUGCUGAAACACCUGCAGGACUACAAGGGCCCCUCAUUCAAAGCAAGCAACCUCAAAGCUGACAAGAAGUUGGAGUUCAUGUCCACUAACCUCCAUAUGCAGAGGAUGAGAGUGCAGGACGACUCUGGGUUUGAUCACACAUAUGAUGUGGUGACGAUCGGUGCUCCAGCAGCUCACUGUCAGGGCUUUAAGAACAGCGGCCUGCGUAAACUCAUCCAGAAAUUUGAGGAGGCCAAGAAACACAUUUAUGAGGAGGAAUGCAGCUCUCUGAGCAGCUCCCAGUCCAUCAUGUACAUCCCUCAGGACAUUGUCCGCGCCAAAGAGAUCAUCUCACACAUCAACACUCUGAAGACUCAGGUCAGCUACUACGCCGAGCGCCUCUCUCGCGCUGCCAAGGAGCGCUCUGCCAACGGCCUGGAGAGAACACUCACAAUACUGGCAGACAAGACACGGCAGCUUGUGACAGUGUGUGACUGUAAGCUACUGGCAUCAGCUGUGCAAGCCCUGAACGCCGCCAGACCAGAGUACAUCGCCUCCAAGAGCUCACCAUCAGCUGAUUCAGAGCAUGUGGUGCUACGCAAUGACCAAGACACACUGCUAGCCAAGUGGAGCAACAACCGCUCAUCCCUGCAUGCGGACUGGCACGAAGAGGAAUGGGAGAAGGUGUGGGUGAACGUGGAUAAGAGUCUGGAGUGCAUCAUCCAGCGGGUGGAUAAACUCUUGCAGAAUGAACGAUUGCGGAGCAGCAGCAGCGAGGACAUGAUGCAGGCCGACCAACAGAGCGCCGUUCCUAAGAAAGGUAACGAGAGGUUUCAGGCGUUCUGGAUCAACCCAGUCUGCACGAAUGAGUGUGCGUCAACAGCUUCACCACGGGAUCAACCAUCUUCAUCCUCACGUUCAUCUUCAUCACUGCCUUCACCUUCAUCCACAUCAUCACUGCCUGCUCUGAACCCUGCAUGUUCCCUUAAUACAGAAACUCAAGCCUAUGCCAGUAGCAGCAGAGAGGAGAGUUACCCAGGUGAGUGGAGUGAGGCUCUGUAUCCCCUGCUAACGACGCUAACGGAAUGUGUGGCAAUGAUGAGCGACAAGGCGAAAAAGUCAAUGGUGUUCCUGCUGAUGCAAGACCGAGCGCCAACCAUAGCCAUGGACCUCAGUGUGCAGUACCGCCGAGACGUGGUCUUCUGCCAAACGCUUACGGCACUUAUUUGUGGCUUUAUUAUUAAACUGAGGAAUUGUCUCCGUAACGACGGCUUCCUGAGGCAGCUAUACACCAUCGGACUGCUCGCUCAGUUUGAAAGUCUACUGAGUACCUACGGAGAGGAGCUAGCCAUGCUUGAGGACAUGAGUGUGGGCGUCAUGGACUUAAGGAACGUAACGUUUAAGGUGACACAGGCUGUGUCAGCAUCCUCUCCAGACAUGCUGCCUGUGAUCACAGGGAACCGCGACGGCUUUAACGUGCGCAUUCCACUGCCAGGGACCAUGUUCGACGCGCUUCCUCGGGAAAUUCAGAACGGCAUGCUGCUGCGAGUACAACCCGUUCACUUCAAUGUGGGCAUCAACGAGCAGCAAACGCUAGCUGAGAAGUUUGGGGACACGUCCUUGCAGGAGAUCAUUAAUUCGGAGAGCCUGGGGCGUCUGAAUUCCUACUAUGAACAGUUCAAGGAGGUGCUUCCAGAUGACUGCCUCCCUCGUUCCCGUAGUCAGACAUGUCUUCCCGAGCUCUUGCGCUUCCUUGGUCAAAAUGUUCAUGCCAGGAAAAAUAAGAACGUUGACAUCCUCUGGCAGGCUGCAGAGAUUUGCCGGCGGCUAAACGGUGUACGUUUUACAAGCUGUAAGAGUGCGAAGGACCGCACGGCCAUGUCUGUCACGCUGGAGCAGUGUCUAAUCCUGCAGCACGAGCAUGGCAUGGCACCUCAGGUCUUCACUCAGGCACUCGACUGCAUGCGGAGCGUUGGUACCCGUGAGGGCGUGACGCAGAAGAACCUGAGCGGCGUGUUGCCCGUGCGGGAAUUGAGACUAGAGCCCAGUCUGCUGUACUCUCUGCCUCUGCUCGCUCUCAGCCCCAACCUGCUCAUCGUCUGGCUCUUCCUCAGCGUCGCCUACCUGCUGGCCAAACUCCGCUGCAGCUGAGCCACUACACUCCCACAGCUCUACACCUUCUUCUUCUUUUUCUCUCUAGCUCUCUCUUUACUUCUUUAUUAUUUUUAAGUUUUUUCCGUUCGUCUGUCAUUUUGUUCUGAUGCUGAGGUUUUUUUAUUUUUAUUUCUCCUUUCUUGUUCUUUCUGUCUUUAUUUAUUUAUUUAUUUGCUUUUUUAAUUUUCAUUACAAGCCAUUUAUUUAUUCAUUCCUUUAUUUGUUUAUUUAUUUGAUCUAGUCAUAACAUCUUUUUAUUUCAAUUUAAUUUCUUUUUUUUUUCUUUUUCUUUUUUUUUAAUAGUAUUUAAAUAUUGCUUUUCUUGCUUGAUUGCCUUCCUCCUUUCCUUUUUUGCUUUCCAAACUUUUCCAUGUUCAGUGGCUACACAUGUGUUUAAAGGUCUCUGUGUCCCUAACAAUGCGUUUCUGCCUUACUUCCUUACUUCCCUAUAUACCUGGGGUGUCCAUCCCAAGAUUUAUAACAUACUGUAUAUACAUACAUGUGUAUAUAGAUAUAUAAGACUUUAUUAAGUAUAAGAUAAUCACACAAAGUGUAAGAAUUUGUUGUUUCGUUUUUUUCCCUGUACAUGCUACAGAUGUGUUGGUUCUAAAGACCAUAUACCAUAGAGACACAGUUUCUUAACCAAGAUCAUAUUUCCUCAGUGAUUUGUGAUUGAAUUUUGACGUCUUCCAUGUGUUUGUAUUUAAAAUGCAAAGCUGUCGGCUUGGCCAGAGCAUUAUCUCCUAUAUACAAAGCCGGUGCACUUUUACAACGACGUUUUAGCAGCAGGUGAAUCUGAUUGUACAUUAGGUCAGGGGAACUUUUACUUAUGCAGUAAAUAUAGCUCGGUAUUUUUAAUAUGAUUAUUUUUUAUUAGCCAAUAAUUUUCGCAAUAUGCCCUUUUUCAUUUGACUUCAAUUUCAAUUAGGUUGCAUUGGUUAACUGAAUACGUCUGUUUAUUAUCCGAGUCUUGUUUUAGAUGAUGCGAACCUAAACGUGUUGCUUUUUCUACUAAGGCAAAUUAUGCAGGAAAUCCUAAGCAGAAUGUAACUUUCUAGUGCCAAAUAUUGUACUAAUUAUGUUGCUUUCUUUGUGCCAUAUUAAUAAUAUUCAGGUCCCAAACGCUUCACAGCUCUUCCUGGGGCUUUCCCAGCUCAUUAUCUUAGAAAUCUCUAUUUUUGCUAUGAUUGCUAUAUUUAUUUCCUCGGCAGCCGCUUUUAGCACGGGAGGAUUAAGGGCCGAGUCAAAGGAGCUUCCUGGCUGUACUGAGAUUUGAAUUCACAACCUUUACUAGCACAGAAGGUUAUCGUAUGAGCUUCCUCAGUCCUGUAUAAUCAAUAUAUUUUCAGUAUUUGUUCGGAGAUGCCAAAUAAAUAUGUUCUGAGAUCUGGAUCAGACCUGGAUUUUUGUAUGCUGCACAAAUAGGGAUGUAUUAAUGCUAUUUUUUCCCCCCAGACAGACUAUGUUUUUGGUUUGUUAUUCACUCGUCGAUAGAGUUACUAAAAUCAGCGCUCACCUACUUCCUAUAAUAUACACAACAGGGGGCAUCAUGGAACUUUUUAUUUAUUGCUGUUGAGAUUUCUACAGCGGUUAGACGGAGACAGCGAGGGGGUUGGACGUGAGCACAAAGAUCAUCAUCAGCGAUCGUGGUCAUUACAAUGAGCCUUGACAUACACUUUCUCUGUCUCGUAGGCACGUUGUUUCAGUGCUCGCUGAAACGAAGUUUAGCAGUGAUGUCGAACGUGCAGAGAAACUGUCAAAUGAGACAAUCACAAGUUCAUUUGUGUUUUCACAAUUCACGGUAUUUCCUUUAAAUGACCAUGCUUGCUGAUACCGAUAAAGGCUCAAUUAAAUUGAUUACUGAAAAAUGUAAAAAUUAAUUGAAAAAUGUGGGGGAAAAUGUAAACAAUUAAAAUAUUUAUUUAAUAAAAUGAUAUUAGGAGCAGGAUAUUAAAUAUAUUAAUACAUUAAUUAUUAAUUAAUAUAUCAAUAUUAAUUUAUUAUUAAUAAAUUGAUAUAUUUUAUUUUAAAUUAUAUAUCUUUUGAAUUUAUAUAUUCCUGUAAAGCUGCUUUGUAACCAUGUUCGUUGUUAACAGCUCUGUAUUAAUUAUAAUGAAUUGAAUUGAAUACUGCUUUGCACAACAAACCUACUGUCUAAACGUUUUGUCAUGUUAAUUGUAAGAUGCUCCAGUUACUCCUAUGGUAUUUUUCACAGUCUAGUAUGAUUGCGUGUGAUGGCUAGACUUUCGUCACAUGUCAAACAUUGGGUCUUGAGUACGAUUUCAUGAGCACGGUUUUGGACCAACACUUGAUUAGCAGUAUUGAUGCAUUCUGAAACAUAAAUGAAUAUUUCUCAACAGCCUGGUCAGGAUUUCUUCAUUUCUAAACAAAACUCUUUCAUCUGACCAAAGUAAUGAAAUCGACUGCUCUGAAUAUCCACAUUUGGUCAUUUGGGAAUCGUUUGGCUUUUUUAAAAGCUUGUGUCUAAAAAUAUGCUUGGCAUAUUUUUCAUAGUGGCUAUUUAUAUACUUAGAGAAAUGUCAGAGAGAGAGAGAGAGAGUUAGUAGGCCUGAUGGAUCCUCAGAAGAGUUUGAUAUAUGAAAAAAGAUAUAAAAAAUUUUCUAUAGGUUUGAUGGAUUUUAUUGUAUCACUUGACUUGGAAUUGAGUUCUGGAUAUUUAUGCUUUAGGUGAGAUUAGACAUCCUAAACUGCAGGACAUCUGUUUAUAUCAUUUAUAUGAUUUGAGGUAUUAAAUAGGUUACUAAAUAGGUCACUAGUUUUCGAUGUGAGACUUUUUUUGGGGACUUUGCACUGCUCUUGUCCUUCUAUAUGAUGCAUGAGGUUGCAGUGUCAUAUCUGUUCACUGGAGUUACACUCCCUCCGUUGUCUUAUUUACAGAAUAGUUUUUUUGCGUGUAUUGCUCUGUUUAUUACGGUUUUUUGGAAUGAAUAAUAAGUUUGUGUGACGCUCGGGGAAUGAUUAGCCUACAUUCACACUAGCAAGUGACAAAGCGACAGAAAAUCAAUUGUUUUCUGUGCGACAGAACUAUGUUUUCAGUGACGAAGCAACAGCGUGACAUUUGAACUGAGAUUUUUUCAAUUCUGUGUGGCACAGUAAAGUAACAAAUCCAGAUGGUUCCUCAGAGCAACUGUGUGACAUGACGUUUCUUCACUCAUAACUUUAGCUCCUAUCUCUCUUUUACAGUUUGAAAACGAAGGUAUAAUAAUGGUUUCAUGUUAUUUUGUCACAUAAAAUGCAUACAAAGUAGUGGAGAUUGAUGGUUGUAUGUAGCUGGUACAGGUAGCUUGUUUUGCUAAUCUGCUAAGGAAGCUAGUUCAGAGCUUAGCUUGUUACAUGUAAACUGAUUUUAACUGAUUUUAACCCUGAUUCGUGCAUUGUUUAAUUUGUUUAACUAGUUUUAUAACUCAUCAGAACUAAAAGAGUAGCGGCUACAAGACGCAAGCUACAAGAGUCAAGAGUUUCGUUUCUUGCUAGUGAGAAUGUCUGUGUUUGUUGUCAUGGAUUUCGCAUGCUAAUAGACUUUCGGGUAGCGCUUGCAUUUAGCUUCCGCUUCCUUGCUUAGAGAAUGUUUACAUUCCUAUUUAUAUUAUUUGCUAAGGAAUAAGCUAUGUUAAACUACCUCUAGAGUUUGAGACAUGACCGUAGAGAACGUGAAGGAUAUAGGCCACUGUGGUGUGAGCUGCUUUUGCGAGAAUCUGAUGACGGUGCAUCUCCAUCUAUGCUUUGCUCUUCCGUAUUAUCUCUACGCUUGUGAGUGAGUAUAGUGGGAUGAGCAGGACUAUUGUUCAGCUGUUUGUUAGCUUGUUUUGUUACGGUUGUGGUAACAGAUGUUCUGUAUGAAGCCACUUUGUCAAAACCAGUCUUAAUUUAUAAUAAGCUAGUCUUAAUUUUUUCACUUAUGUUGUACACAGUCAGCCCACCUUUUAACCUCUUUUUUUUUUUUAAACUUUCUACUGAUAACAAUUGAUUUUCCAAAUACAGCCAGACAAAAAUAUUUAGCAUUGUAACUUAAGUGCAUUUUUUUAUUCUAUUCAAAGUGCAACUGUUUCUCAGUCCAACUCUUUUAUCUAUUGACAAGCAUUGGCUCAGCGGCAUGUCCUGCUUGCUUUUUUUCAAUCCCAUUUUACAGCAUUCUUCCAGCCCCCCAUUUUUACACUGCCUACCCAUAACGCCAUUGUUCUAUAUCCCAUCCUAUCAUACACCUGUGCUUCUUGAUUGUCUUGAGUUUUCUUUGCUCAUGAUCUCUAAACAUGCCCCCUUGUUUUUUCUGUUCUUUUUUUUUUUUUUUUUUGGUGUUCAAUUCCACUUGCUUUCAUAACCCCCAAACCCCCCCCCUUCCUC